UUCUCCGACGUUUAUCACCACCGAAUUCGUUCACCGAGAGGUUGAAGCUUGACUCAAUGAGGGGAAGGAGCUACACUCCGUCACCACCAAGGGGUUAUGGGAGGAGGGGUCGAAGCCCAAGCCCUAGAGGCCGAUAUGGAGGUCGUAGCAGGGACCUCCCAACCAGUCUUUUGGUUCGCAAUCUACGCCAUGAUUGCAGGCAAGAAGAUCUCAGGAAGUCAUUUGAGCAGUUUGGCCCGGUCAAGGACAUUUACCUGCCAAGGGAUUAUUAUACUGGAGAUCCGCGAGGGUUUGGUUUUGUUCAAUUUAUGGACCCUGCUGAUGCUGCUGACGCAAAACAUCACAUGGAUGGUUAUCUUCUUCUUGGCCGUGAGUUGACUGUCGUGUUUGCAGAAGAGAACAGGAAGAAACCGACUGAAAUGAGAGCAAGGGAGCGUGGUGGAGGAAGGAGCAGCAGAUUUCGGGAUAGAAGGCGUACUCCUCCUCGUUACUACUCUCGCUCUCGUUCUCCUCCCCGUCGACGUGAUAGAUCUCGGUCACGUAGCGGUGACUAUUAUUCUUCUCCCCCUAGAAAACAUCACCCAAGAUCUAUCUCGCCCAGGGAGGAGCGAUAUGAUGGGAGGAGGUCAUACUCGCGUUCACCUGCCUCUAAUGGCUCAAGGGGUCGCAGUUUAACUCCAGCCAGAGUGGAAACGGUCAAGAUGGGUAAAAUUGGUUUCUUUGAUGACUCGAGAACUCAGCAGAGCCAAAGAUCUACCUACCAGUCUACCACCAUUGACAAGCUUCAAACUUUAAAGCAUCAAAAAGACGAUAACUUGCAUAGAGAGAGAGAGAUGUGGAAGAGCGUAGGAGAAUUGAGUUGCGAUGAUUAUGUCAAAGCUGGAUUGACUUUGGAAGACGCCAAGGGAUUUGACAUAUUGGUGAGGGAUGUGAUUUCAAAGGCUAUAGAGACUGAUCCAAGAGAUCAAUGGAAAGCUUUGGUAGGUGAGAGUGUGCUAAAGCCAUGGCAUCCUCAUCCUCUGCAUCAGCUUCUUUACUACUCUGUCUAUUCAAACUGGGACUCCUCUGUUCAUGGCCCUCCUCUCUAUUGGUUUCCUUCUCUAUCUCAGUCAAAAUCAACAAAUUUGGGGAAGCUGAUGGAAACUCACGGGUCAAGACUUCUUGGUGCUUCAUAUAAAAACCCACUUGAAAAUUUUGAACUUUUUCGGAGAUUCUCAGUUGAACACCCUGAAGUUUAUUGGUCAGUUGUUAUCGAUGAGCUUUCAAUUGUGUUUCACACUCCUCCGAGGUGUAUCCUUGACAAAUCAAAACCUGGAGGGACUUGGCUCCCUGAUGCUGUUCUUAAUAUCGCUGAGUGUUGUCUGUUGCCUUCAAGUCAUCCCAAAAAGGAGGAUGAUAGUGUGGCUGUUGUAUGGCGUAAUGAAGGCUUUGAUGAUUCUCCAGUCAGUCGAAUGACAUUAAAAGAACUCCGCGAGCAAGUAAUGUUGGUGGCAAAUGCGAUAGGUGGAAGUUUUGAGAAGGGUGACACAAUUGCAAUCGAUAUGCCAAUGACAGUCGAUGCGGUGAUUAUAUAUCUCGCAAUCAUAUUAGCUGGUUGCAUUGUUGUCUCCAUCGCAGACAGCUUUGCAGCUAAAGAAAUUGCAACACGGUUGAAAAUUUCUAAAGCAAAAGGCAUAUUCACUCAGGAUUAUAUACUCAGAGGAGGUCGAAGAUUUCCUUUAUACAGUCGGGUGGUUGAAGCUGCUCCAUCUAAGGUCAUUGUCCUCCCGGCUUCAGGUACUGAAUUGCGCGUUCAGUUAAGAGAACAGGACAUAACAUGGAUGGAUUUUCUUUCCAAUGCGAAAACCCAUCUGAGUGGAGAGAAGUACUAUCGUCCGAUUUAUCUACCUGUAGACUCUGUGAUUAACAUUCUCUUCUCAUCUGGAACUACAGGUGAACCGAAAGCUAUACCGUGGACACAGCUCUCGCCAAUUCGUAGUGCUUGUGAUGGAUGGGCUCAUCUUGAUGUCCAAGUGGGUAACACAUAUUGUUGGCCUACAAAUCUUGGAUGGGUGAUGGGACCAACUCUUAUAUUCUCCUGCUUUCUAACCGGUGCAACACUUGCUCUCUAUCAAGGGUCUCCUCUUGGACGCGGUUUUGGAAAGUUUGUUCAGGAUGCUGGAGUUACGGUUCUUGGUACUGUUCCCAGCUUGGUGAAAACUUGGAAGAGGAUAAACUGUAUGGAAGGGCUUAAUUGGACAAAGAUUAAGUAUUUCGCCACUACAGGAGAAGCUUCCAAUGUUGAUGAUGUUCUCUGGCUUUCUUCUAAAGCUUAUUACAAACCUGUGAUCGAAUGCUGUGGAGGCACGGAACUCGCUUCUUCAUACAUCAUAGGAAGCCCGCUUCAACCGCAGGCUUUUGGAGCGUUUAGCACACCAUCCAUGACAACUAGAAUCAUCAUCUUCGAUGGAAAUGGCUUCCCAUAUCCGGAUGAUCAACCAUGUACUGGAGAAGUCGGUUUGUUCCCCCAGCACCUCGGGGCCACGGAUAGACUUCUGAAUGCAAACCAUGACGAGGUUUAUUUCAAGGGAAUGCCAAUGUAUCAAGGAACACAACUUAGAAGACAUGGUGACAUUGUGAAGCGAACCGUAGGAGGAUAUUACAAUGUUCAAGGAAGAGCUGAUGAUACCAUGAACCUUGGAGGCAUUAAGACGAGUUCUAUUGAGAUCGAACGGGUGUGUGAUCAAGCCGAUGAGUGCAUCUCUGAGACAGCUGCAGUCAGCUUAACACCACCUAACGGUGGUCCAGAGUUGCUGGUCAUAUUCGCCGUCUUGAAAGAAGGGUUCAAGAAACAGAGUGAGGAAGAGCUAAAGAUGAAAUUUUCAAGAACCAUUCAAAAAGAUCUUAAUCCUCUCUUCAAGGUGAGUUUUGUGAAGAUUGUGCCAGAGUUUCCAAGAACAGCUUCUAACAAAAAAAAAAGGAUUGAACUUGUUGUAUCUAUUCCCCAAGUUAUGUGGACUAAUGUUUUCAGAAUUGGUGGUCUACAUAAUGUUUCUUGGUUUCAGUUGCUUCCAAGUGAAACUGAGCUGAAUCCUGGUUCUGAUAGAAGUUCAAGAGCUGAGCAGAAUGAUGUUGCAACAUAUCUUGUGCUUUCCUCUCAUCUACGCUUGCAGAAGGAAGGGUUUCUUACCACUUGGACCAAUUCUUUUGUUGGACCUUGGGAUCCAUCUCAAGGUUUAUAUAACCCUGAUGAAAAGAUUAAGCUUUGGCUUUUUAUACCUGGGCGUCAUUCAUCAAUCACUGAUAAAGCUCAGGCUGCUGUGUCAAAGCUUAGAGUUGUUGCGUCAGGAAUUUGGGUAGCACCUGGGGACUCUGAAGAGAUAUCAGUUGCCUUUUCACAGUCUUUACGUAAUUGCAUUGAAAGAGCAUUAUCUGGACUUUCCUACAUGAGAUUUGGAGAUGUGUUUUCCAAAUUCAGCCCUCAAAGCGAAGAAUAUUUGAGGAGGGGACAGCCUACUGUUGAAUUCAUCUUUGCUGCUACCGAAGAGGCAGUUUUUGUCCAUGUCAUUAUAUCUGCCAAGAAUGUCCGCACACUUUCAAGUGGCGAUGCUGAAAGAAUGUUAAGGAGUUCUUUGAAAAACUCCAGUUAUAGGCUUCCAGUGAUUGUUUCUCCUCAUGGAAUGCGGGGCAGCCUCACUGGAUUCUGUCCCAAUGACCUUGUCAAGCAAGUUUACUUCAGUUCUGGCAACUUAAGGACUUCGAGUGGAUAUGUUGGUCUCCCUUCUCAUGUUGGUCGUGGGUCCUGUCUGAUAAACGGCAAUCAUUGCUACGUGGAAGUUACACUUGGUUGCUGCCAAAAUAAAAAUGGCAACACAAGUCAAGCUAAUUCGAACUUUGCAGUUAACUUACCCCAUAAUCAGUGUCCUGAACCUUCAGUUGGGAGUAAAGAUCACCGUAAAGGACAACCAGAUCUUUUAUCAGUUUGUGAAAAAAAGUUCAUUUAUCCAGCUGAGGCAGUGCUUGUGCCAAUCUUACAGUCGGCAUUUGCUAAAUUUUCUUUGAAAAGAUUUUGGCUUCAAAACUGGAUAGGCCCGUCACUAGCAGGCUCAUCGUUAUUUAUGCACUGGGCUGGUGAUUUUGACUUCCUUGGAGCGUCUGAAAAUAAGAGUGAUGGGUUUUAUGAAAAGAAUGGUUACAAUAGCAGUGGUAGUAGCCGUAAUAGCAGCAUUAGUUCAACAAGUAGCGCUUCCAGCGGGAGUGGCUGGAGGAUGACGUCAAGAACUGGUGACCUUGACGCUGAUGCAGAUUCUUUGACGUGUAGGCAAUCUGGUCUUACUUCUAAUGAUGAUCGCCCAAAAAUGGGUUCCAAGCGACCGCGAACAGGGAUGGCAGAGUCAUUCGGUCAAGUAGGCAUUGAAAAUGAUCAAAUUGGUUGGGAUUGGGAUGCUGACGAUGAUGAUGAUGACAGAGAAGUUGGCAUGGAUAUUAAGGCCCUUCUUUCGGAGUUUGGAGACUUUGGUGACUUCUUUGAGAACGAUGCUUUGCCUUUCGGGGAGCCACCGGGAACUGCAGAGUCGCAUGCGCUCAUUUUCCCUCCAGAUUCUGCUGAUGUAGGUUCCAGUCCAGUGGAUAUGAUGGAUGUAUCAGACCAAAUCGUUUUGCCUGUCGGGUUUUCCUCUUUUGAGAGCUUUAAUCCUGUUCCCCCUAUCAUUGAUGAGUGCCUUAUUAAAAGUCAAGAAGUUCUCAACAGCAGUAUCACUUCAGUUCCUUCAUAUCAAAUGUCGAUCUCUUCCACUAGUGAGUUCGAUCAUUUAAUGAAAGCAGAGGCGAUGAUGACCUUCGCUCCUGAGUAUGGAGCUGUAGAAGCACCUAUGAGCGAGAUUUCCUCGACGUAUUUCAAAAGCCCAUAUCUUCCCAAAUCUCAUAAAGUGGAGAGUUCAAAUUCAAGAACAAGUAAUUAUGUUUAUGGAGCCACACCACCUACCACUGAUUCUGAUGGAGCACGCAAUAAGAUUUUGUUUGGAUCAAAAUCGUGCAUUGGUAACAAUGAUGGCAGAACUUUGUUUCAUUCGAGGGAGCAUUACACUCAAGUAGAGGGUAGAAAGGACCAACAUGAUAAGCUACCUACUGUUAUCAGUGACAACAAUAGUACAAAGGAGGGUGUCUCUCAUUCAAAACACUCAAAACAUAGUGCUGCGAAUGCUGUUAAGGUCGUGCAGGGGAAAAAGACUGAUGGUAUAUCUGCUGUUGUUAGAACCUUAUUAUCUUCUAAGACCUUGCUGGCAACAGACGUGGGAAACGUUAUGUUCCAAGCUUUCAUGUGUAGGAUGCGGCACACUUCUUCAAAGCACAGUUCACCUGUUAGUCUGACUAGGCUUAGCGGAAACUUUUUCCUGAACCAGCUGCCAAAUGAGCCUAGUACUCUGACAGACAACAUAUCUGCAAGGAACGAGAUAUAUAAGAAAGAUAUACCUACCAGAAUAGCUGGAGAUUUUGACGGAGGAAUGUUGGAUAGCCACAUGAGUGCACCAGUUGGUGUAUGGCGGACUGUUUCAGUCCCAAAAACAGCAAAACCUGCUAGUUCGCCAAAUAUUGAAGCAGGGUCAUCCUUGCCCCAUAGUUCAUUUAGCGAAGACAGCUUACUUUCUUAUGGUCAAAGGCAACCUCUGCAUGAGCUCCUAGAUGGAAUAGCGCUACUUGUACAGCAAGCUACCUCUUUUGUUGAUUUAGCUCUGGAUUCAGAUUGUGGAGAUGGACCUUAUGGCUGGCUUGCAUUGGAAGAGUUAUGGAGACGGGAAUUGUCGUGUGGACCCUCUGCUGGCCAUGCAGGUUGUGGGGGAACUUUGGCUUCCUGCCAUUCUCUGGACAUUGCUGGUGUCAAGCUAGUUGAUCCACUCUCUACUGAGGUUUUCCCUUCGUCUGUCAUUACUCUACUGCAUUCUGACAUCAAAACAGCUCUGAAAUCUGCAUUUGGUCAGUCAGAUGGUCCAUUAUCUGUGACAGAUUGGUGCAAGGGCCGAAAUCAAUCGGGGGAUGGAGGAUCUAUUUCUGAGGGAUCUACUGCUGAGUCAGCCCUGAGUGAAGUGUCAAAUGCAAUAGAUGGUGGGAAAGGAGAGGAGACGGCUCAGAGCCUAGACAUAUACAGUUCAGAAUUACUCCGACCGACACUGUUUGUUCUUCCAUCACCUGCUAUACUUGUCGGGUACCAAGAUGACUGGCUUAAGAUAUCUACAAACUCCUUGCCACAUUGGGAAAAGGCCCCGUUUGAGCCAUAUGCUCUGCCAAAAAGUAUUAACUAUACUGUUGUAUGCCCGGAUAUUGAUCCUUUAACUUGUGCUGCUGCUGAUUUCUUCCAGCAACUUGGAACUGUGUAUGAAACGUGCAGGCUGGGAACCCAUUUGCCACAGAGCCUGGGAAAUCAAAUGGAUACGGACGCUGGAAGAUUAUCCUCAUCUGGAUUUGUUCUGCUUGAUUGCCCUCAAUCAAUGAAGAUUGAAAGCAAUAACACAUCGCUUCUGGGAUCUCUCAGCGAUUAUUUUCUAUCAUUGUCAAAUGGGUGGAAUGUGAAUAGCUAUCUGAAGUCUUUAUCAAAAGCGCUGAAAGGUCUAAAGCUUGGAUCUUCCCUUUACACAAACCAGAAAGAAGGAUCAGGAAGUCCUUGUAUGGUAGUGUACAUAGUGUGUCCAUUUCCUGAUCCUUCAGCAGUUUUAAGGACGGUCGUCGAAUCGUCUAUAGCACUUGGAUCAGUAAUACAGUCAGAUAGAGAGAGGAGAUCAAUACUCAACAGUCAGGUUGCAAGGGCGUUUGGUAGUUCUACUGCUGUUGACGAAGCAUCAAUAUCUCACAUUCCAGUGCUUUCAGGGUUUAGUGUCCCCAAAUUAGUUCUACAAGUGGUGUCGGUUGAUUCUAUUUUCCGGAUAACAAGUCCAAGCUUUAAUGAGCUCGUCAUUCUCAAGGAUACUGCUUUUUCUGUAUACAAUAAAGCUCGGAGAAUUUCACGAGGAAUGCCUAAUGAUGCAAUUUUCUCAUCAUCUUUAUCAAGCAGAUCCUCUUCAGCGUUGACAUCGAUGAGCUCUAUUUCAGGAAUCUGGAAAGACUGCGGUGGUUCUCGAAUGACAGGUUCUACACAUCCAAGAGAUGGUGACAUUGAUGUUAGCUUGAGAACGAGUGGUUGGGAUACCUCUACUUCCUGGCAAAUACCAAGAUCUGGAGGACUAAGUUGCGACCCAAGCAGAAAUGGAGAUUUUUACCUUAAUGAUGAAAUUUUCUAUUUAUUUGAACCACUUUUCAUUCUUUCCGAGCCUGGUUCUGUGGAGCGUGGUGUUUCACCUACUUUCGGCAGCUUGGGUUCUGAGUCUUCCAAGCCAAUACCCGAGGAUGGUGGCAGAGGUUCUGGACCUGGCAUGAAUUCAAUGGAAGGUAUAACAUCGGGAUCAAGCUCCCAGGGGGAUGCAUCCCAGCUCGAAGGAAAGGCUAUUCCAAGUUUACAUUGCUGCUACGGUUGGACAGAGGACUGGAGAUGGCUUGUAAGCAUCUGGACGGAUGCCAGGGGUGAAUUGCUUGACACACAUAUCUUUCCCUUUGGUGGAAUCAGCAGUAGACAGGAUACAAAAGGGCUGCAGUGUCUUUUUGUUCAAGUUCUGCAGCAGGGAUGUCAAAUACUACAGGCGUGUUCCUCCCCUGACAAUGGAUCUUUCAAACCCAGGGAUUUUGUCAUUACACGCAUUGGGAAUUUCUUCGAGCUUGAAUACCAAGAGUGGCAAAAGGCUAUUUACUCAGCUGGAGGUCCUGAGAUUAAAAAGUGGCCUAUUCAACUGCGACGUUCUGCGCCUUCUGGCAUAGCCACCAACAGCAACGGAUCUUCCUUGCAACAGCAGGAUCUGAGUCUGAUUCAAGAGAGAGCCUCAUCAACUAGCACACUCUACAGCUCUCAUUCAAAACCAUCCACCUUUGUGAAAGGCAGUAUUGGGCAAUCUGCUGGAAGAAAGCAGAUAAUGGGUGGGCAAACCAUAUCUGGUACUCCAAGGGGAUUAUUUCAGUGGGUUCACAGCAUCAGUUUUGCUUCUGUUUCACUUGAUCACUCCCUACAUUUUGUUCUUCCAGCUGAGUUGGUGUCUGCUGGAGGUGGCCAGAAUAGUACUGGUAUGAGUUCUGUUAACUACAUUGAAGGUUUCACUCCUGUCAAGUCUCUUGGGUCUACCGCUUUCUCUUACAUGAUGAUACCAUCACCCAACAUGCGCUUUCUUCACCCAAGUCCUCUUCAGCUUCCUACAUGUUUAACUGCCGAGUCACCUCCACUUGCUCACCUCCUUCAGAGCAAAGGCUGUGCAAUCCCCUUGUCUACUGGAUUUGUUGUUUCAAAAGCUGUGCCUUCCAUGAGAAAAGACUCAAGAAUAAACAUGAAAGAAGAAUGGCCAUCAGUUCUUUCUGUAAGUCUCAUAGACUAUUAUGGUGGUUAUGACAAUGCUCAUGACAGAAUUCUUCAGGGAAUCAUGAAGCAGGGAGGAGGGACCAAAGAAACUAGAGAUUUUGAGGUUGAAAGCCAUCUUAUCCUUGAGUCAAUUGCGGCAGAACUCCAUGCUCUAUCAUGGAUGACUGUUAGUCCAGCAUAUCUGGACAGGCGGACGGCAUUGCCGUUUCACUGUGAUAUGGUUCUGAGAUUGAGACGUCUGCUUCACUUUGCAGACAAAGAACUAAGACAGGAGUUUAAAACAAUGCAAAAGAAUGCAGAUCACUAAAGUUCUCUAUCAGAAGAUUAGACCAAUCUUUCUGCAAACUUCAUCCUGCACCUCCCGAAUAGUCUUGUCAUAUUUAAGGCGCGUAGGUAUCUCGGGGUAGUUCACCAGUGAUAUAUAUGUUACAACGAAGUAGGAAGAAAUGGUGUAGAUGUAGUAGAUGUAGUCGAGGUUUUGAUUUGGUGCUUAUGAAAUCUGUAAAAAUUAGCAUUUAAGGCUUGCUCUACUGGUUCUGAUUCACUUAGGUGCAUAGGUUAGUUUCUUUAUAACCCCUUGUAUUUGUAAUUCAACAUUAUUUAUCAUCCCACUGUAAAUUUAGCAAGAUAAUUCAUAUGGGUUUCUCAGGGCUGACUUAUGUUCUUGUAAAAUUUUGGUACCUUAAGCUGAACAUCAUGUUUCUCUCUUGAUCAGUCACAUAAUGGAUCCUGACUGUUGUAUGAGUUGUGUAGAUGAAAAUUCUGACAAUAGACUCAGGUUUUCAGAGUCUCUCUUUGUCUGCCCCGGGACCAUCUUGAUGCUAUCUGUUGUCAGCUUACAGAUUGCAACUUCCUCAGGUGUUGCUACCGUUUCUUAUCUGGUAAGCUACGUAACUUAUCUCUAGAUUUUGCUAUAAAAGAACUGGUAUAAU